AUGAAGAUUACAACUCUGUCGUGGUUGCUUCUGAAUCAACUAUUGACACUGUGCCUAGCCAGAGCCCAAAGCUGCAACCCCGAUGGUUUUGUGAAGAGCAAGUUUGAGCAGAACCAAGGCCUACGAUAUGUGAAUCUGUCUGACGAGAACAGGAUCCUCCACAUCCAAACUGUACCCGACGAUGUUCCCCAAGUUGCUAUGGGCGCUUUAUGGAGCGACAACAUAGACCGACUCUUCCUCUUCGGCGGUCAGUACUCGAACUCCUCCGCCAGUGCUCCAUCUGCGGUAGAAACGGUAUGGUCAUACACCGAGAGCACUGGAUCCUGGGAGAAAAUCUCCGUUCAAAAUCCUCCAGCCUUUCGUCUGGCCCGCGGCGCAAGCGUAAGCGUUCCAGAAACAAGAAAGGCAUACUGGAUGGGCGGUUGGGCAGACAACUCUACCACUUUUGGAAUGCAUGACCGAAUUUACCAACGCCAACUCAUCGAAUUCGACAUGCAAACCCACAACUUCUCCUAUUACGAUGUUCCGGGCGGGUUCGGCGUCCAAAGAACCGGUGGCGGACUGGUCUAUCUCCCAUACGGGAAAAAGGGAGUGUUAAUCGCCAUGGGCGGGUCUAUGUGUACAAGCGAGGACUGUCACCCGGUUCCCGGUUAUCACCCGCUCACCCAGGUGUCGGUCUACGAUCUGGCGUCUGAGAGGAUCUACUCGCAGGAAUCCACUACGGGAAACGGAGAUCCAACGACAAAAGGGUGGGUGUGGCCUGAAGCACGUGCAGACUUUUGCAUGGUAACUGUCCCGUCGUAUGACGAGACAGUCCAUGCUAUCUACGCGUGGGGAGGCAUGGUUGGUCCUGAUGGAAAUGGCAGUGACAACGUCUGGGUCCUGUUGAUACCACAGUUCGUCUGGGUGGAGGUCUAUAACGGUCCGUACGGACGGUUCGGAGCAACCUGCCAGGUCACACACGAACGGUUUAUGAUGUUCAGCGGCGGCGAACGGCAAUUUGGGUCCAAUAUGGGUGUAUUGGACCUCACUACAGUAUCCAACGGAUGGUGGGAUGGGUGGGUGGAGGCAUGGCAGGACUUGACUGACGGCCAGAGAUAUCCUGCAGUAGAGCCCUGGUUCAGGUACAGCCCGCGCUUUGCCGCCUAUCAUCUGGGGUCAAGUCUGAGAAGGGUUGCUGGUAAUCCAGCACGGCAGUUUGGAGACGAGUCACCAGCCGAUAUUCAGCGUCCAUUCUCCGGAUGGAGUCAUUCUGAGUUGAAGCUCAUCUUCAGCCCCUCGAACCAUACGCGGCCCAAUCCUUUUCGAACCAGAAACUAUCUCGCAGCAGCAAAGAUCACACCGGCCCUACUUAUUGUGAUUUCCUUCUCUAUAUACAUGGCGCUGUACCUCUACUCCCUCCUCCAGUUCAAAAGACGAGGUUACAUGCAGGUUGUCUCCGGGACGACAUCGAUGACCUGGCGUCCUUUCGUCACUCGUAACCCGUACCUCCUUUUUCUCGCUCUUUCGUCCCUCUCUCUGCUCGUCGUCGUCGAACUCCUCUACCAACACUCCAUCAAUCCCGCCUUCGAGCCUGGCCUCCGCAUCAUGCACACAAAUGGAUCCGAACCUUCACCUCCAGGCUAUUACCCCACCAUCACCUCCCGUCCUCGCCUCGGACUCUACACCUACUGGGACUCGGAAAGCACGAAUUUCAAAGACAUGCGCGGCACCUCCAGCCGCUUGAAACCGGAGGGGUACGUCGUCUGGAACUACCUCCCAACCAUCGUCGUUGUGCUUUAUGGCCUGCUCUGGCAGCAGUGCGAUGCGGAGGUUGAGCGUAUUGAACCUUACUAUCACUUGUUCAAUCACAACAUGAAGCAGACAGCUGACAGGACGUUGAAUGUGGAUUACCACACUUUCUGGGCCCCGCUAAGGUUGUGGCAGGCCGUGAAGUACAGGCAGUGGACUUGUCUUCUGUCUAGCACGGCGUACAUCAUUGCGUUUGCGGUGAUUCCCAACCUUCAGAACUCCCUAUUUUCCCUGGAAAAGAGACAUGGUGGAACAUAUGGAGACUUGGUGGAUUUCGCAAACGAUGCGGAUGGUGUGGGAUAUGGUGUGAGGGUGGCAGUGAUGGAUGGAUCGUUUGCGAGGGCUCUCGAAUUUAUGUUUGGGGUGAAUAUGCUGUGUGCCGUUGCUCUGAUAGCCAUUUUUUGGCAAAGGGAAACAAGCACAGAGGGGUCCGGGUUGUAUGGCGACCCGAGGGGGAUGAACUGGUUGAAGGAGUUGACCGAUGAAGGCGAGUUGAUGCGCGCUACGUCUUUUUCAGACAAUGUGCAGCCAAUUUGCCAGUGGGUCCUCCCAAGGGGACUUCAAGAUUUUGUUGGUGAUCCUGACGGACUGGAUGAGUGGGCACGAAAUCACUUGUGCUGGACGGAAUUUCAAAACGGUGGACUGCGUUUAAAGUUUGAGUGCGCACACGAGCCCGCUCCGACUUCGUCCAAGUCAUUCAAGCCUCUGCUGAAUUCGAUUCGGGAUUUCCUGAACCAAAAGUGGCCGAUACACGUUCAGCAAAGACCAUUCAUGUUGAACCCAAUUCCGUUCACAUGUCUCCUUUUGGCAAUCAUCGCAGUCUUCGGUUUGACGCUUUGGAUACUGUGCAGACAUCUCAUGGCGAUCAAGAGCCAGGAUGAUACUAUUCCUUUACCACCGGAACUAUAUCUAGUCAUCGGUGUGCUAGUUAAGGCAAGUCUGACUUCAUUUCUUCCCAGCUUCUAG